GAUGAUUUGGGGCAUGGAUAUGAAACUGUCUCACUUUGUUCUGUAGUCUCUUAGGGAGGUGAGGACCUUGGUCUGAGAGGACAACAUCAGGUCAUUUGAGGAAGUACACCUGUUCAACUGAGAGCAGAGUCCUACAUCCUGCCAAGAGUCAAGCCUAGAGAAGGUGUGUGCUGCUGAGACACCAAGUCCUCCCCAGAGCCCUCUGGGUUCCUGACUCUGCCUCUGCCAUGGCGGCCCCUGUGUGUAGCCAGUCUGAAGAUGAGGGCUUCAGCAGCCAAGAUGAACAGGAGACAAGCAGCAGAGAGGACUCUGGAGAUGCUGAGUCGUCACUCCAUGAUGCCCUGUAUUUGAAGAUGACUGAACUGGUGGAGUUUCUACUCCUGAAGUAUCGUGCAAAGCAGCCAACUACUAAGGCAGAAAUGCUGAGUAGAGUCAUAAGAAAGUAUCAGGACCACUUCCCUGAGAUCUUCAGCCUAGCCUCUGAAUGCAUGCAGCUCCUCUUUGGCAUUGAUGUGAAGGAAGUGGACCCCAGCAACCUCACCUAUGUCCUGGUCACCACUUUGGGGCUCACAUAUGAUGGGAUGGUGUCCAGUGGGCAAUCCAUGCCCAACACUGGCCUCCUGGUCAUGCUCCUGAGAUUGAUCCUUGCAGAGGGCGACUGUGCCCCUGAGGAGAAUGUCUGGGAAGCACUGCAUGUCAUGGGGGUGCAUGAUGGGAAGGAGCAUUGGAUCUAUGGGGAGCCCAGGGAGCUCCUCACCAAAGUUUGGGUGCAGGAAAAGUACCUGGAGUACCGACAGGUGCCCAACAGUGAUCCUGCACGCUAUGAGUUCCUGUGGGGCCCUAGGGCCCACGCUGAGACCACCAAGUUGAAAGUCCUCAAGUUUUUUCUCAGGGAUUAUAGAAAGGAUCCCAGGUCUGUCCCAUCCCUGUUUCAAGAGGCUCUGAGUGAUGAGGAAGAGGGAGCCUGAGCCAGGUUUCCCCCAGGCAUGUUUCAGGCCCACAUCUGACAUGAUGUGAGGCCAAUUCUUCACUGUGUUUGAGAAGAGGGUAGUCAACAUUCUAGGUAGUGAGGCCCAGGGAAAGUUGGAGGAAUAAGGGCUGUAGUAUCUUUGGGUUUAGAAAUUUAUCCUUGAUUUGUGUCGAAAUUUUCAAAUGUUGUUCCUUUCCAUAGACGUUUCAUAAGCUUCAGUUUCUAAGUUUGUGAAUGACAUUGACCAUACAUUUAUUUGUACUAUCUAGUUCAAAAGAAAGAGUUUUGCUAUUGUGUAACACAAAUUAAGACACUUUCCAUCCUACUCUGUGAUCCCAAACUAGAUAAUAUGGCAUUGGAAAAAGAUUUCCUUGGAAAUGUGAAAGACCUCAUCGGUACAAACAAUGGGUUCAAGAAACAAAAAUAAAAGCAAAAGGUUGUUAAUUCUUA